GUCUAAGCCGGAAGUGAACGCAAGUUAGCGCAACCUCACUAAGGACUAGUAACUACUAGUAGGUAUAGUAGUAUGAUGUUGUUUAUGUAGCCAUGAUGGUACAUGCUCUUGUUCUUGAACACUUCACUGUGUGAAUGCUGAAAGAAUGACUGAAUUCCUGAAAGCACACCUUUAAUAUAACAAUGAAACUGAAAGAACUGGAGAGUUGCCUUCAGCAAGUGGAUGGAUUUGAGGAACCAAAGAUCCUCCUUGAACAGUAUCCCACUGGUCCACAUAUAGCAGGUUGCAUGCUCUACACAAUCCACAACACAUUUGAUGACAUUGAGAACAAACUGGUUGCUGAUCUGGGUUGUGGAUGUGGAGUGCUCAGUAUAGGAGCUGCUGUUUUAGAUGCAGGACUCUGUAUAGGAUUUGACAUUGACAGUGAUGCACUGGAAAUCUUCAAACAAAAUGUGGAGGAAUUUGAGCUGCCGAACAUCGAUAUGGUCCAGUGUGACAUCUGUUCUAUUGGAUCCUUAUAUGCAAAGAAAUUUGACACGGUGAUCAUGAACCCACCAUUUGGCACAAAACACAAUCAGGGUAUAGAUAUGCAGUUCCUAAAGACAGCCCUGUCCAUGUCAAGUGGAGCAGUUUAUUCUCUUCAUAAAACUUCAACACGAGAUCACAUACAGAAGAAGGCGAGUGACUGGAAAGUAAAAAUGGAAGUAAUCGCAGAACUUAGGUAUGAUCUACCAGCAUCGUACAAGUUUCAUAAAAAGAAAUCGGUUGACAUCCAAGUGGACUUUAUUCGUUUUAGCCCAACUUGAAAUCUGAGCUGAAAUAAGAUGUUGGUUUAUGUUUUUUGUGGAUAUAUUUUAAAAGGUGAUGUUCUUA